CAGUCCGGACCCGCACGCGAGUCGGGGGCGGCGGCCGAGGGAGGCGGGAGUAUGGCCGAGUCCCCGCCGCCCGCGGCGGGCGCUCAAAGUUGCAGCGAGGAGCGGUGGCAGGAGGAGCCGCGCGGCGCUCGGGACCGAGAGGACGAGGCGGGGCAGUCGGAGUCCGGCUCACCGGCGGCCGCACCUUUCUUCCUGCUCUACCCCGGCGAUGGAGGCGCGGGCUUCGCCGUGCGCCCGCCGCCGCAGCCGCAGCGCGCCUGGAGGACCCCGUCGUCGCCGGGCUCCCCGCUGCCCUUUCCGCUGCUGAGCUACCCGAGCAGCGGCAAGCACCACCCUAAUUAUCUCAUGGCCAAUGAACGAAUGAACCUGAUGAACAUGGCAAAGCUGAGUAUCAAGGGCUUGAUUGAAUCAGCUCUGAACCUAGGAAGGACUCUAGAUUCUGACUAUGCACCCCUCCAGCAAUUCUUUGUGGUGAUGGAACACUGUCUGAAACAUGGCUUAAAAGCAAAGAAAACCUUUCUUGGACAAAAUAAAUCCUUCUGGCCUCUAGAACUGGUAGAAAAACUUGUUCCAGAAGCUGCAGAGAUAACAGCAAGUGUUAAAGAUCUUCCAGGACUUAAGACACCAGUAGGCAGAGGAAGAGCCUGGCUUCGAUUGGCAUUAAUGCAAAAGAAACUAUCAGAAUAUAUGAAAGCUUUGAUCAAUAAGAAGGAGCUUCUCAGUGAAUUCUAUGAACCCAACGCCCUCAUGAUGGAAGAAGAAGGAGCUAUAAUUGCUGGUCUGUUGGUGGGUCUUAAUGUCAUUGAUGCCAAUUUCUGUAUGAAAGGAGAAGAUUUGGACUCUCAGGUUGGCGUUAUAGACUUCUCAAUGUAUCUCAAGGAUGGAAACAGCAGUAAAGGUAGUGAAGGGGAUGGUCAGAUUACUGCAAUUCUGGACCAGAAGAACUAUGUGGAAGAACUCAACAGACAUCUGAAUGCUACUGUAAACAAUCUUCAGGCAAAAGUAGAUACAUUAGAAAAAUCAAACACUAAACUGACAGAAGAGCUUGCUGUUGCAAACAACAGAAUCAUUACCUUGCAAGAAGAAAUGGAACGAGUUAAAGAAGAAAGUUCUUAUAUACUGGAAUCUAAUCGAAAGGGUCCUAAGCAAGACAGAAGUGCAGAAGGCCAAGCACUAAGUGAAGCAAGGAAGCAUUUAAAGGAGGAGACACAAUUACGAUUGGAUGUUGAAAAAGAACUGGAGAUCCAGAUCAGUAUGAGACAGGAGAUGGAACUGGCUAUGAAGAUGCUGGAAAAGGAUGUCUGUGAGAAGCAGGAUGCCCUGGUAUCUCUGAGGCAGCAGCUGGAUGAUCUCAGAGCUCUCAAGCAUGAACUUGCCUUUAAGCUGCAGAGUUCAGACUUAGGAGUCAAACAGAAAAGUGAACUUAAUAGCCGUUUGGAAGAGAAGACUAAUCAGAUGGCUGCUACCAUUAAACAGCUGGAACAGAGAUUGCGCCAGGCUGAGCGAGGCCGCCAGUCUGCUGAGUUGGACAACCGGCUCUUCAAACAGGAUUUUGGAGACAAGAUCAACAGUCUGCAGCUGGAAGUGGAGGAGCUCACCAGGCAGCGGAACCAGCUUGAGUUAGAAUUGAAACAAGAAAAGGAAAAAAGAUUACAAAACAACAGGAACAUCCCAGGAAAGGGAUCCCAAAAGCCACAACUCAAGGAUGGGAAGCACAAAAUUCAAGAAGAAAAUGUUAAACAGCCCCUGGAAGAAAGCCACAGGCUGCAGCCUCACCCGACAGAUGAACAGGAUCAACCAUUGCUAUCUGAAAAUCCACAGGUGUGUCAGCUGUGCCAGGAAGAUGGCAGCCUAAAGAAGAAUGUGUGUAAGAACUGCAGAGGAACCUUCUGUAAUGCCUGUUCAACAAAUGAACUGCCACUUCCUUCCAGUAUCAAGCCUGAACGAGUUUGCAAUCCCUGUCAUAAACAGCUAAUGAAGCAAUAUUCUACCAGCCCGUCAUAAAACUGGAGGCCUCAACCUGGACCAGUGUUCACGUGUGGUCAACUCUACCUUUGUUAGAUGUCAGGAUCCCCUAAAACUCAGUCCUUAAAAUGAACUAGAGUUAAAAGGAAUGACUUGAGCCGGGUCCAGGGAGAAAAGACAGUGAUUGGGGGUGCUGGAAAGCUUGCUCAUUUUCCCUAAUGACUGUACAAAUAAAAGUUACGUGGUGGAACCUUUCUUUUCUAAAUAUAAACAAGCCCAAUUUAAAGGGCUUAUUUUAUAGCAUAUUUUUGGAAGGGCUAUUUUUACGAAUAGUGACAAUAAUAAUAAUGGGGUUGAUAUAAUAGGAGAGAAUCCAAGCAGUUAAGAAUAUAAAGAAAGGGACUGAGUAUAGUUCAGUGGUACAGCUAGGCCCUACAUUCAAUUCCCAGCACCACCAAAAAAAUGAUCAUCUCCCUCUAUUACAUUUGCAGCUUUAAGAAGGGGAAAAUAAAUAUUAAGAUAAAAUGACAGAUGUUACCUAUUUUCCCAGGUGCUGCUAAACAUAAACUUUGCUCUCCACUCCCACUAACUACCUCUUAAAAUAUCUCUAUCAAACUGUGAAUCCAAACUCAGGGAACAAGAGAGUAAUAUAAAUUCUGAAUGUACUGAAGACAAUAUUAUAUUACAACUUGAGAACCAGAAUUUUUUGGUCUUAGUCUACAACUGUUUUCAUUGUAUCAACAAGUAAGAACAUUUGUUGUUUUUCACUUAAUGACUUCAGAAGUAAAUACCAUCCUUUUCAGAAUUCCCUACCACAAAAUAAGCCAUCUCUCAUAAGGAGUUUGAAAGAUGGGAUUUGUCUUUUGCCAAUAAGGAAGUAUGGACUAAAGCAAAGUAGGGUGUAAGGUUUAGUUUGGUGAUGGCUGAGAACAGUUAGCUCAAUAUUUAUUAAAUUGUUCCUUUAAUAAGGAAUUAUUUAUUCUGAACCAAGGUUUCUUGAAAAGGACAACAUCCAAACAUCUCUUAGUAACCUGUUUGUGUGGAAAGUGGGGGGGGAUGAAUUCAGCGAGAAGGAAAAAAUGAUAUAUGCUAUUUUGAUUAUAUGUAUCUAGAUUGUUUGAUUCCAGUCAAGACCUAAGAAAACAGGAUUCUGUGACCAGUUGAGAAUUCUAGAGCAGAAGCAUGGAACCAUGUUAAUCGAUAAAUUCUGUCUCCUAAAAGAGGUUACAGCUUGGGAAAGAGUUGUUUUUCCAGAAGUCUGGCCUACUGGUGAAACUAAAGCUGGUGAAGCUAAGAGUACUAGGGUAAAUAAAAUUGAUAAUUGUGGCCUAGUUUAUUGUCUUCCUUUCCUUUAAGAUUUGUUUUUUUGUGAGCCACCUUUCUCCUUAAUUUUUGGUCACCUACCUGAGCCAGCACUGUUACAGGUGCUAUAUAUGAGGGGAGCAAAAAUUGACAAAAUGGGAAUUACCCUAAAUGCACAAAAGUUAAAAUUCAUUUUGAAUUUAAAUUUAAAAGAGGUACCUCCACAAGGUUAGUGGAAUGAUUCAAGUGGUAGCCCACUAGCUAAGGCCCUGAGUUCAAACCCCAGUACCACCAAGAGGCAGCUCCAUAACACAGAAUAUAAUGAAAAUAAUUAGCUACUUGAGAUUUUACUUAGGAUCUCACAUAGCUACUUAGCCCUUAUUUUUCUGAGCAAAGUCCCAAAGAUCUCUGGUUAUUACUUGGAGCUCCCCAACUGCAUUUAGGUGUAUUAUUAUAUAUAAUCUUCCUAAAAAUGUUGCUUCCCACCAUUUAAAACAGCAUCAACAGGUGAAAAACUUGUAUGAUAAAAACUAAAAAUAUAAAAUUAAGAGACACCUGGUGUUCACAGACUGGAAACCAAUAUGACCAGUGUCAAUAACCACUCAGCAAUCUUCAGAAACUUAGUGGCUCACACCUGUAAUACCAGCACUUGGGGAGAGGCAAAUUGCAAGUUCAGGCCUAGGAUGGCCUACGUACAUCCUGUCCCCAAAAAAAAUGAUCCACAGAUUCAAUGCAAAAUAAAAAUAUAUUCACAUACCAACAUUUUUGCAGAAAUACAAAAAAAAAUCUAAUACACAGAAUCUCAAAGGACUCCCAGUCAACUUUGAAAAAACAACAAAGCUGAAGGUUUGAAUACCUACUACAAAACCAUAGUAACCAAGUCAGAAUGGUACUGGCAUAUAGACAAACAUGAAAUAGGAUAGAGAACCUAGAAGCAAACCUUCAACUAUUACGGUCAACUGAUUUUUUUGGCAGGGGAGCAUACCUGGGGUUUAAACUCAAGGAUUUGAGCUUGCAAAGCUCACUUCCACUCCAUUUUAGUCUGGUUAUUUUGAAGAUAAUGGUCUCACAAACUCUGUUCAGGCUCACCUCAAACCACAUCCCUUCCAAUCUCAGCCUCUCAAGUAGCUAGGAUUACAGGCACCCAGCCUCAAAAGAUUUCUGACAGGGUACUAAGACCCUGAGUAGGGAUGUCUUUUCCAGCAAAUCAUGUCAGGAAAAUGAGAUCCACAUGCAAAAAAAGAUGAAGUCAGAGCCUUAUACCAAAUACAAAAAAUGGCUCAAAAAUCUCAGUGUUACAGAAUUAUGAAACUUAGAAUAAAAUAGAGGAAAAGCCAUCACGUCAUUGGAUUUGGAGAUGAUUUCUUGGGUAAGACAGCAAAAGUACAGGCAACAAAAGGAAAAAUUAAGUUGAACUUAAAUUAAAACUUGUACAUCAUUAACCCAGGCAGGGUAGUGCAAACCUGCA